AGUGUCGCUGUGAACGUAUCAUGUCAUGAUUGUUGAAACGUCAAAAAAUGAUUGUAAAAUCGUAUGAUAUUCCUUGUUUUUUGAUAACUAGACAACACUGUAACUUAUUUCAAAGGCGAUACAUUUGACUUUAUUUAUAGUUCGCAUUUAAGCGUAUGAUUUGGAAUAAAAAUGGAAAAUAUAGCUUCGCCAGUGAGCGAGGUUUUUAUAAAUAACGAUGCAAUUGAAUGGCAACCUCUUGCUCUAACUUUAGUCGAAUAUCCAAAAGGUGAUCUCUUUGGAAAAUUUCUUGCUCUUAUGAGUCUAGCCCCCUUUGGAAUAGGCGCCGGAUUUGUAACUUUAAUACUAUUCAGAAGAGAUCUUCAUACUAUAGCUUUUUUUUUUGGUACACUAGUCAAUGAACUAUUAAAUAUAAUAUUAAAGCAUUUGAUAUGUGAAGCACGGCCACUCAGCAGGGGACAUUUGUAUAAUGAAUAUGGAAUGCCAUCAUCGCAUGCUCAAUUUAUUUGGUUUUUUACCAUUUAUGUGCUAUAUUUCUUUGCUAUAAGAUUGCAUCACAUAAAUAAUAACAGCAUUAUAUCUGCCUUAUGGAGAAUCAUAAUUGUGGGUAGCUGCUUUAUAAUGGCUUUAAUUGUAAGCUUUGGAAGAGUUUAUCUCCACUAUCACACAACAGCACAAGUCGUUGUUGGUGGUGUUGUUGGAUUGAUUUUUGCCACAAUAUGGUUUACAGUGGUGCAUAGAGUACUGACUCCAUUGUUUCCACAGCUUGUUACUCUAAAGCUUUGUGAAAUGCUUAUGAUAAGAGAUACAACUUUAAUACCAAAUGUGUUGUGGUUUGAAUAUACUACAACAAGACAAGAAGCUCGAGCACGAGGCCGCAAGAUGGCUGCCCUAAAACCUAUCCAAUGACGGUGCGCCUGCGCGCGCGCUCCCGACACCUGCUUGAGGCUACGCGCGUGACGUUUCAUUGCCGCCGGAGCCAUAGCAAUUCUUGGCGGCUUUAUAAUAUCUAAAUCAGAACCUCGUUCGAUACUAUCAUAUUGACAUCUAAUUAUGACAUAUAUAUUCACUGGACUUGUUCAUAAUAGUAAGUUAUCAGUUUGUCUUCUUUGUUUUCACCUCUAUAAUUGUAUGUUAAAUCUUUUUGUUUUAAUAAACAAUUUCAUUUUUUAGCUAGUAGAAUAUGUUUGUUUUAGAUCACUAUUAGCAAAUUAUAAAAUUGUUUCAAUUAAUUUUACAUAGUUUAUCCAAAGUGCAAUUUAAAACUGAUUACCUUAAUCAUAAGAUAAGUGUUAGAUUUAUCUUUUACUUUGUUGAUUAUUGUCACAUUUGAGACUAAAUCCCAGUCCACAUCUUUUUAAGAAUUAGUCAUGAAUGUCUCAUAGGUUAAGCCCUAAUUAUAAUUAAAAUAAUUAGUGACUGUGCCUAAUAAAAUAGUAAUAAAAAAAAUAAAGUACUUUCAGACUAUAAGUAGACAGUAGUUCUAGAAAAUGUUCUAGGACAUCGCAAGAUAGGCACAUUUACUUAUAAAAAUAAACAAAGACAUUAACAAAAAUAUAUUUCGAUAAUCUUCUAUGAGCAAGGCAUUCGAAAAGGAGCCAAAUAAGAAUGUUACUUAAUAAAGUUUAAUAAUAUAUAUAUUAUUAUAGUUAAAUUUCGUAGAAACAGUAUUUACUGUUUAUAAUUUGUAUAAAUUGAAAAAUAACAUGACAAUUGUGAGAUAAUAUAUUGUUUAAAAUAAUAAUGAAAAUAAUUCAAUGAAAAAUAUGAGAAACAACAUGAGAUAUAAAAAAUUGUGACUACUUUAGUGAAUAUGUAGUUUGUAAGAUAAAAAAAAUAAUAUGAGAUCUUUAAAAGUUUGUUAUAUUCAUAAAGUAAGUGAAGAUAUGUUCAUUCCAGGCAGCCCCUUUAUAGAUUUAAUAAAUUUAAGCUUAGCAAAUGUUUGUAAAAUGUUAGUCAACCUUUUUUACUUUUUACUAUUAACAUCCAAUUUACAUAUAUCGGUUCUGAUCUCUGAUUCUUGUUUAUAGUCCACUCAAGAAAGCCAUGAUGGCCCGGUGAAUAGAUCUAAAUCAACUACUGCACUGCUUGUUUUGUGUUUAUAAUUUUGUUUUAUAGUUAUUCUCAUGCUCAGAUAAAAGAAGGUAUUGUAAGGAAAUCUUCUUGUGUGGAGUGUUGAUAUUCUGUCACAUGUGUAUUAAUCAACCUGCAGCAGAGUGUCCUAACUCCUAACCUAUUAUAUUCCAUAAGAGAAAAAGGAAUACUUUGUGCAGCAGUAAAGUAACAAACCUUGAAAACCGUGAAAUUGUGAAAUGGAAUACUAACUACAAGACAAACAAUUUACUAAAUUAAUCAUCUCCCUAAUUCCCUGUAUAAAAUUUACAUUGUUCCAAUUCGUCUAAUGUUACGAAAUUAUGUUUUAGACUUAGUUUACUUUUGUUAUUCAAUUUAUUGAAAUAGCUUUACAUUCAAUAUUACAUAUGCAUUGCUAGUUUAAUGGAACUGGACAUUUAAUAUCUUAGCAGUUCUAACAGGUAUUUAGUUUAAAACGAAGCUUCCGUUAUACCUAUGGAAAUAUUGUCUUACCAAUCAUUUCUUUAUUAUUUUUACUAUGAUUACAUUUUAUGUCUUCCGUAAGAACUGAAAAAACGGCAAAUGCUUUGAAAUUUAUACUGAAUAUAUAAUAUAAAAAAAACACCUAAAAAUAAUACUUGGUAAUACUCAAAGACAUCAACUAAUCAAUUGUGGGAAGUGUACCUUAUAUCACUUUUUUUUUUAAAUAUUGUUGUUUGUAGUUUUGAAAUCCAGUCUAUAUUGUUAUUAUUAAUACGAUAUAGUUUAAUAAGAGAAAUAUUUAAAUGAUAAAUGAAAUGGCAAUAUAUAGGGAACAAUAGAGAUGUAAUAAUAUGUUCUAGAUCUUACACACAAACUGGUUUUAUAUUAGUCAGUGGCGUAAAUAUGUUAGUUUAUAAUGUUUUGCAUCCUACAUGCAAACAUCCUUCAUAUACAAAUGUAAUUUUAUAUUUAUUUGGAAGUUUAAUAAUGACGAUGAUUAUAUACGAACAUAAUUAUAGUCUGUAUCAUUAACUGAAAAGGAGUGGAGAUAGAAAAAGUUAUCUGAUCUUGAAUUGAAUUGCUUUGACAAAAUUGGUCGAAUCUAAAAUAAUAAUUUAUGGUAUUCAGAAAAAAUGAUAGCAACUACUUACUUUUUUGGAAUGGUACUAAGUGUAAUAGUGUUUUAUCGUAAAUAGAUAUAUAUAUAAGGUUUGUUUAUCUCCACUGCUUCUGCAA